AACAAGCAAGUCCGCUAUUCACAAUGGGUGUCAAGCCGCUUGAGUCCCUGAAGGAGUUCCAGGACGCCAUUCAAGGCGACAAAGUCGUCGUCAUUGAUUUUUGGGCAACAUGGUGCGGCCCUUGCAAGAUGGUCAGCCCCAUCUUUGAAAAGCUGUCUGAAGGCGCUGCAGCGGACAAGGUUGGCUUCUACAAGGUCGAUGUUGAUGAGCAAGAGCAGAUUGCCCAGGAGGUCAAAGUCAAGGUCAUGCCCACCUUUAUGUUUUUCAAGGGUGGACAGAAGAUUCAUGAAAUCCAAGGCGCUCGUAUCCCGGAGCUGACUAAAGCUAUUUCAGAUUACAGCAGCUGAAGUCUGACGUUAUGUAGUUAGGAAAACGUCAACAAGUACUACAAGUAUCAGUCGUUUGAAAUCUUGAGUCGCUCUCUUUCCACUUGAUAGAUGUCUU